AUGGCAUCUCCUUUGUCGCCACCCCCGUCGCAGCAGGUUCCCCCCUCACAAAAUUUAGCGGUUUUGCCUCCUAUUAUCACAGAUACCACAGUGAAGCCAUCCAUUCGUCAGCGAUCAUCAUCGUAUGCGAAAGAACGUCUUUCCACUCAAUCGAGCCUUUCCCUCGCUUCACAAAAUCGGUCCCGUCCGGGGUCACAUGUGUUCCCCAUCUUCCACUCCAGUUUGCCAUAUGCUCUUGUCCGAGACUUUGCUUAUCUUCCGACACAUCCUCUCCACUAUGGGCCCCUACCAUCUCACGCUUCUGGGAUGUCCUCACCGGUUAGUGAACAGCGGCGUCUGUCAGACCCCCCAGCUCCUUGGGAUACUUCGCGUGGCCAGUGGUCAACGGGACCAUGGAGCACGGAACACAGUUAUGGACAUCAGCAGCUUCCUGCCAUGUCUUUUGGCGACGGACCGCCAUACAGUGAAGACGAAGAUUUACACAGUCCAGUGUUUUCCACCCUCCGACACCGAAAGAACGAGCCCACGGGACCGAACUUGAAUGGACGCAAGGGCAGGAACCCCAGUGACCAGCGCGGUAUGGAGGGUUUCGAGGGUGCGGAACGGGGGACGUUUGUUGGAGUAAACGCAGAUGGCAGUGAGACGUACUAUGUGAACGAUGACGACGCAACCGACGAUGGACCUGGUGGCGAGUAUGUUACAUACCCGGCCGCCGAGAGCCGAUAUUCACACAUGGGUGCCUAUGAACGGUAUCAGGGUUAUGAGCAGGAAGAUGAGUAUGACACCGACCCGUACUCUCGAGACUUCCAAUUUGCGGUGGGAUGCCCUGAUGAAGAGAUGCAUGGAAAGGCCGUUGCAUUGUUCGACUUCACCCGGGAGCACGAGAACGAACUGCCUCUAGCGGAGGGCCAAGUGAUCUUCGUCUCAUAUAGACAUGGCCAGGGCUGGCUGGUUGCAGAGGAUCCGCGAACCGGUGAGAGUGGACUGGUUCCGGAGGAAUUCGUCCGACUACUUCGAGAUAUCGAGGGAGGACUGACAUCGUUGAACGGGGAGCCCGAUCCGAAAUCAGGCGGAAGCGAUACGUACAUUGAUCUGGACUCACCUGACUCCCAUCAAGCCAUCACACCUACUCAGGACGAGCAACUUCAUCUAGGGUCUGAGCACGAGCCAUCACACGUCACCAACGGACAGAUAAAACCAGAGGGUCGGAUUGUCUCCACCGAUGGAGAGUGA